AUGGCUAAGUGCCGGGCUUGUGGAAAAUUCCUUUCGCCGGUAGGUGCCGUUGCUUGCGGGUGCUCUGCGAUCUAUCAUAAAGCAUGCGUCGCUAUUUCAGAAGAUGCACAAAUACCAUCAGAUUGGAUGUGUCCAGAGUGUAAAUGCAAGUUGCCAAAAACGGGCAAUGUGGCAACACCUGUGAAGGGCAUAGCCACCAGUUAUAGUAUGCCACCUCAGUCAGAGACGCCCUGUAUAUCUGUGGGUAAUGUUGCUAGCCAAAAUCCUGAACCUACGGCCUCCAUGAGCCCAGAUAAUAAUCAGAAUUUAAACGACACGGCCCACGAUACUACCCAGUCAUUCAGUGUGGAAUUGGGACUAGAAAUUCGUUUAUUUCGAGACGAACUCCGUGAAGUCAGACAGGAAUUUAAAGACCUUCGUCAAGAAAUUUCCGAGCUGCGCAGUCUACUUUCCGGAUCGAAUGAACGGAUCGACGGCCUAGAGAAAAGAAUAAGUGCGCUCGAAGGCCUAAAGGAAUCGGACUCUUCUCCUAAAAUAAGCAUGUUGGAGCAGACUAUCGCUCAGCUAAAACUAGAUAUUAAUGACCGGGAACAGGACAUUCUACAGUCGGAUAUAGAGAUAUCCAAUCUGCCAGAGGUGACGGGUGAAAAUCCAACACAGACUGUCAUGGUGUUGGCGACAAAGUUAGGCCUGUCACUUAAACAGGAAGAUAUCGUAUUCGCUGAAAGAAUCGGCAAAAAUUUUGAUUUAAACAAAGGCGAGACCAAAAAGAGUCGUCGUCUAGUAGUACGAUUAUCUAGACGUCAGCUGCGGGACGAGUUUAUACAGAGCGCUAGAGUUCGGCGUGGGGCUACAUCAGCCGACCUGGGCGUGGACGCCCCGCCACGACGAUUCUAUGUCAACGAACGCCUAACCUCUAGAAACAGGAAACUCUUCUAUACGGCGCGUGAAGCAGCAAGAAGCUUACAAUGGAAAUUUACCUGGACAAAAAGAGGCCGAAUAUAUACUCGACAAGGAGAAGGUAAACCAGUUCAUACCAUCAGAUCUGACAAUGAUCUAGCACGUGUUUUUGGCUCUAGCAUCGUUGGAAAUGCUAACGAGCAUAGAGUUUAA